CGGCGCGAGCGGCGCUUCGGCGACUCUUCUCCGCGGCGGCCGCUCACGCCUCGUGGUGACUCUCGCCCCCGAAGCUGCAGACCGGCAGUUGUGCCAGCCCGGGCGGCCGCUCCUCCCGAUGCCAGGGCCGGGGCGCAGGGCGGCCGCCGGCCGGAGGAUGAAGGGCUUGGCGGGGGGAAGGAGAGAAAAGCUGCCGGGGGCGCCCAAGGCUCAGGCCAGCCACGAUUUCACAUGUGCACAAGAUGGAGAGAAUGAGGCUGAAUUUUUACCUGAUGACUUUGAAGAAAAACCAGAAAGAGAAAAGAAACAUACCAAUUUCACUUUGUGCAACGUUUGUAACAUUCAGCUCAAUUCUGCAGCUCAAGCACAAAUCCACUACAAUGGCAAAUCACAUCAAAAGAGAUUAAAACAACUGAGCAACGGGAUGCUGAAAAAUGACAACAGUGGUACAUGCCAGAGCCCUGCUCUCCCAGCCCUGGUCCGUCCACCAGCCCCUCCUCUGCAACCUUCGCUGGAUAUCAAACCCUUCCUUCCCUUUCCUCUUGACACUGCAGCCGCAGUCAACCUCUUCCCCAACUUUAAUGCGAUGGACCCAAUUCAGAAAGCUGUAAUAAAUCAUACAUUCGGGGUUCCUCUUCCUCAUCGAAGAAAGCAAAUCAUAUCAUGCAACAUUUGCCAGUUGAGAUUUAAUUCUGAUAGCCAGGCUGCGGCCCACUACAAAGGCACGAAACAUGCCAAGAAGCUCAAAGCACUGGAAGCCAUGAAAAAUAAGCAGAAAUCUGUAACUGCCAAGGACAGCGCAAAGACUACCUUCACCUCCAUCACUACCAAUACCAUCAAUACCAGCUCUGACAAAACAGACAGUGCCGCAGGGACACCAGCAAUACCAACGACAACUGUGGAAAUUCGCAAAAGCGGUGUUAUGACAGCUGAGCUCACCUCCAAAGUGGAAAAGAGCCCCACGGCAGCCACCGGCAACAGCUCGUGUCCUUCCACGGAGACCGAGGAGGAGAAGGCAAAGCGGCUUCUGUACUGUUCGCUAUGCAAGGUUGCUGUCAACUCCGCCUCACAGCUGGAGGCCCACAACAGUGGUGAGAUGAGCGAGUUCUCUUCUGUCUCAACAAUUCUGCACGUAUCUGCCUCUGAAUGGAUUAGAUCUUUUGCAGCAGGGGACAAUGGGGUGGCGGGAAACUGGCAAUUAUUACAUGCAAUUCAUCACAUUAGCAGUAGAAGGCACAAAGACAGAGCUGCUGGGAAGCCCCCGAAACCUAAAUACAGUCCUUACAACAAACUACAGAAGGCAGCACAUCCACUGGGGGUAAAAUUAGUAUUUUCAAAAGAACCUACAAAGCCAUUGGCUCCACGAAUUCUACCAAACCCGCUGGCGGCCGCGGCGGCCGCCGCUGCAGUGGCAGUGAACUCGCCCUUCAGUCUGCGAACUGCUCCGGCAGCGACCCUGUUCCAGACCUCGGCGCUCCCCCCGGCGCUCCUGCGGCCGGCGCCCGGACCUAUUCGGACCGCCCACACUCCUGUGCUGUUUGCUCCUUACUGAAUUCCAAACGGGAGUACUUGUACUGCAAUAAUUUUUCAAAAAACAAAACAAACAAAACAAAAGAGAA